CACUAUGAGCUGGUUCUGGUCAGUCUACCGAGGCUGCACACAAGGUGCCCCUGGGUCCUCCAUUUCACCUUUUGAGAUAUACUGCCUAACUGUACUGCAUUUAAGUCUCCAGAAAGAACAUGGGUUACGCGUAAUUCAUUUUCAACAUGGGAUAGAUUGAUGAUGACAGUUUUCCACUUACAGUACUUUUGUGAAGUCUCCUUCUGAAAGACAUUGAAGAAAAAAACAUUUCAGGAAAAAAAACUGAAUCUUCUGCAGCUUAUCCAUUACGUGAAUAAGAAUUAAAUUACGCUCAAAAUUCUAUCAAAGUGGGCACACGGAAACUAUCAUAGAUGUCACAGUACACUGAAAAAGAGCCAGCAGCAAUGGAUCAAGAAUCCAGCAAGGCUGCUUGGCCCAAGCCAGCAGGAGGAUAUCAGACAAUUACAGGCAGGAGAUAUGGAAGAAGACAUGCAUAUGUCAGUUUUAAACCGUGUAUGACUAGGCACGAAAGAAGCCUGGGUCGGGCUGGUGAUGACUAUGAAGUAUUGGAACUAGAUGAUGUUCCAAAGGAAAAUUCCUCAGGUUCCAGUCCAUUGGAUCAAGUUUAUUCUUCUUUACCCAACGAACCUGUAUGUGAAAAAGAUGAAACAGAAGUUCCCACUUGUGGUACAGCAUUGAAUCAAACCAUUGAAAGCAGUCCAUCCUUUGCUACAGUACACCAUAGUGAGGAGGGCAGGGAGAUCUUAGGAAGCAGUACGGAUCCUCGUAAUCACUCUGAGGGAGAGUAUAUUCCAGCAGUUUGUAAUGCUUCAAGCAUCCAAAAUGGAAUUACAUUGGUUCAUAGUGACUCUUACGAUUCAGAUGGCAAACAUGGAGAAGAUAAUGAUCAUCUUCAGCUUUCUACAGAAGGUGAUAGAUAUCAGGAAUCAUUAGGCAAUAUAGUAUUUGAGUUGGCAAAUGGAAAAGCAGAGGCAUACGCUGGUCUUUCACCACCAGUUCCAUCUUUUAAAUGUGAAAUAAAAGAUGAAUUUGAAGAGUUAGAUUCAGUAUCUUUAGUGAAAAGCUCUACUGAUGGUACUGAGUUUGUCCAUCAGAACAGCCAGGAAUUGCAGAGCUCCUUUUCCCAAGAUGAAGUUGUUAGAAAGAAACAACAAAAUACUAGCCAGGAAAGACAGACAGAAAAUUCAACUGAAGAUGCAGCCUGUGUUCCAGGGCAUAUUUGUAGUGAACAAAAUGCCAUUGGUAGGGACAAAAGCCAUGGAAGUUCUCCUGAACAGGUAGUGAGACCAAAAGUUAGAAAACUAAUAAGUUUAAGCCAGGUAGAUCAAGAAACAGGUUUUAAUAGGCAUGAGGCUAAACAAAGAAGUAUUCAGAGAUGGAGGGAGGCUUUGGAAGUUGAGGAAGGUGGCUCAGAUGACCUGUUAAUAAAAUGUGAAGAGUAUGAUGGAGAGCAUGACUGUAUGUUCUUGCCUACACCUUACUCAAGAGUUACACAAAGGGAAACAGAAAAUAACCAAGUAACAUCAGAAAGUGGAGCCACAGCAGGAAGACAAGAAAUUGUGGAUAACACCUUUUGGAAUGGCUAUGGAGAUUAUUACCAGCUCUAUGACAAAGAUGAAGAUAGUUCAGAAUGUAGUGAUGGAGAAUGGUCUGCUUCUUUGCCUCAUCGAUUUUCUGGUACAGAAAAAGAUCAGUCCUCAAGUGAUGAAAGCUGGGAGACUCUGCCAGGAAAAGAUGAGAAUGAACCUGAGCUACAGAGUGAUAGCAGUGGCCCUGAAGAAGAAAACCAAGAAUUAUCUCUUCAGGAAGGGGAACAGGCAUCCUUAGAAGAGGGAGAAAUUCCUUGGUUACAGUACAAUGAAGUCAAUGAAAGCAGCAGUGACGAGGGAAAUGAGCCUGCCAAUGAAUUUGCACAGCCAGAAGCUUUCAUGUUGGAUGGUAACAACAAUCUGGAGGAUGACUCCAGUGUGAGUGAAGACUUAGAUGUGGACUGGAGCCUAUUCGAUGGCUUUGCGGAUGGGCUAGGAGUUGCCGAAGCUAUUUCUUAUGUGGAUCCUCAGUUCCUCACCUACAUGGCAUUAGAAGAACGCUUAGCCCAGGCUAUGGAGACUGCCCUGGCACAUUUAGAGUCUCUAGCAGUAGAUGUUGAGGUGGCCAAUCCACCAGCCAGUAAGGAAAGCAUCGAUGGUCUUCCAGAGACCCUUGUUCUUGAAGAUCACACUGCUAUUGGUCAGGAGCAGUGCUGUCCAAUCUGUUGCAGCGAGUAUAUUAAAGAUGAUAUAGCAACAGAGCUGCCCUGUCACCACUUCUUUCACAAACCUUGUGUCUCAAUUUGGCUACAGAAGUCGGGAACGUGCCCUGUGUGCCGCCGUCACUUCCCCCCUGCAGUUAUCGAAGCAUCUGCAGCUGCCUCCUCCGAGCCUGAUCCUGAUGCUCCUCCUUCUAGUGACAGCACCGCAGAAGCACCCUGAACCUUACCAGCUGAGAUGCAAUCGUCUAUUGAAGUAAAUCUGCAAAUUCCUUCUAAAUAUGAUGUGCAAAUAAUUAUAUAUAAAUAUAUUAAAAAUGCUAUAUAUAGUAUAUGCCAUAGUUUAGAAAGAGAAUAUUCACCUUUCUAAACUAAAUUUAGGUUUGCAGGAAGUGCUAAAUGUUUGCAAGCUGAAUGUUGAAGCACUGCAUCCAUUUUGUUUAGUUGAAUUAAUUGUAAAGUCAAGCCUCUGACUUAACUCUCUCCAGAAGAAAUAAUCAUCUGUGUGGCAGACAUUUGGCUUUGUCUACAAUGCUGUCACUAAGCGGUGAUAAUUAAGCUUUCCUAUCUGCAGCAAAUGUGAAGACUCUGAUCACAACAGAAGUAUUUGGUUUCACUGGAAAUAAAACAAAUUCUAAAGCAUGCUUUUUCACUGGUCCCUUUGCUUUUGCUACAUCAAACCUCUUGGUUCAUAACUCUGAGACAUUUUUCAGAUGUCUUUUCCAUCUUUGUUUAAAAUUAGGACUCCAGAAUGCCAAACAAAGGCUAAAAUUUUGGCAAGAAUGUCACAAAAUUUUAAAAUCUUAGAUCUAAAUCCCCUGAAAUGGUUAGGUAGUAAAGUAAAUUAUUUAAUAAAACAGUGGAUGUGCUUAACAUGAAGUUAGUAAAGCAUGUGAAGAAUCUAGUGUGCUCAGUACAGCGAGAUGAAUUAGAUGGCCUCAUGAAACCCUUUUUAACUUCUCAUCCAACCUGUUUCUCCUUGGUUAAAAUUGUACUUAAAGGUCCAGAAUACUCAAGGCACAUCUGUUUAAUAAGUAUUGAAUAUAGUUAGUUUAAGGUAGUUUUAGUUCUGUGAUGUUUUGGAAAGGCUGGUAACUUUCAGAGGGUCAUCUUUGUGACUAUAUAACCCCAAACCAAGAUACACGGCUUCUCCUUUAGGGGAUCACACAUAGAGGCGAGUGUGUGCCAACACGAACCUGUUAGUUCACUUCAAAUGUGACUUGACAUCAACACCAAACAGUGCUAGCUAUUGGAAUAUCACAUCUGAGCAAAUGAAAUAGUAAAGCACAUGGUGAGUAUACGUCCAUCCCGUUGGUCCAUUGAUAAUUUAGUUUGGACACAUGCAAGGAAUAUUUAUAUAUGGCUUCCCAGCUGCAGGAUUACAUCUUACUUCUCUGAGUAUUUAUGUUUCAUCUCUUUUCUCCAUUCUUAAAAAUAAAUGAGUUUUCACUAUUGGCACAUUUGAGGCUUAAAUAUAAGAAACAUUAACACUUGCAUUCUAAUUUUUGCAUAUAUUGUAAAUGUGUCUGGUAUUUACGGCAAAAUACUGUGUACCCUUUUAUGGGUAAAACAAAAUGAAUAUUGCAUGCAUGUAAUGUGGUGAAUUUGUAAUUUAUGGAUUCUUUGGGGCUUCUGUGACUUUGGAAAUGCUUACAUUCAGGCCUUCAUGUUGCAUUAGCUGGCAUGUUUUCCUUCUGAUGUAUAGAGUCACUGUUGUAUAAACUAAUCUCUGCUUGUCUUCUACUCUGUGAUCUUUCCCAUAUUUCGUUGAUGAUCAGUUGGUGUCAAAGAGUCUAAUCAGAUUAAAAUUAAUUCUCAUGUGGAUACUGUGGAAACUCGUGGCUAGUGUAAUUUUUUUUGUUCGUUUCUUUUUAAGUAGUAGUGAUCAGUUGUGACGCUUACUGGUUAAACGUACAUUGUUAAAGAUUUCUCUAUAAUAAGCCACACAUUAUAUUUAGGUAGUAUUAAAGGACCUUGGUUUUCUUCUCCUAGAUAGCAGCUGUCCCAAUGAAAAUAUUUCUUCUUUGCCUGUUAAGAUUUAGCUAUUAUCUGCCAGUCGUUAAGACGUUUUGGUUCCAAACUCAACCAGCAGUGUUGAAAGCUGAAGUGAAGAUUGCUGUUGUACUUUUUGCUUUCCAUCUGUUACUGUCCUUCAUUCUUGGCACUUGACUAUCUAUAAACAGCUGCUAUGAAGGAGAAAAGUUGAGGAAGGGUUGGUUUAAAUUAAAAAAGGGAAAUUGAGGUUUUAAGAUGUUUGUGGUAACAAGCUGGUAUAAGCUAAGGCUAAGAAGUUCAGACACCAAAAUACUAUUUGAUCGUAUCUUGGAUCCUUUUGAAAAAGUUAAGAAUAUAUGAAGGUAAAUUAGAAAUAGUAUUAAUAUUAAUAAAAUAUUGUUUAUCUUAUUUCUCUAUUUUAUGUUGUGACUUGACCUAAUAAUUUUAUUUUUUUAAACAUUUUCUUAUUUCUUGUAAUAUGAAUGCUAAUAUUUAAAGUUAGAUCCAUGUGGUUUUCUUUUGUGUUCCUUGUUUAUCUCUAAGCUAACUCUUAAGAUUAUUUGUGAUAUGAAUUUUUAUUUAAGCUGUUAAAUAUAUAUGAACUGUUCAAUGGAAUGCAAGUUUUUCAAAAUCCCAGGUCUAAAUGUAAUGGUUGGUUUAUUGUUCUACAACCCCGGCCCAUCAUUUUCCGUGUAAAUCAUAAACAAUAAACAGGAUAUACUCAGUG